AGCUUAUCCUUUUCUCCAUUUCACUUGACGUUUCACACAAGCCAGAGAACCUUUUUUCUACGCGUUAUCAUCCUCACUCACUCUCUCUCCUAAAACCCUAAAUUCUCUUUCUAAAAGCUUCUUCAAAUCCCCUCUUCUUCAUAAGAAUCAAUAUAUGGAUGAUGACAGCAGUAUCGAUCCACUCUCCGGAGACUCUACCUGGACGCUCUCCGGUGAUUACAGCUUCUUCGGGAUUACCGAUACAAGAGACAACAACAUAUUGAGCGAGUUCGGAUGGAACUUCCAUCCUCCAGCACCGGUGUUAGAUCGGAUGGAUUCCGGCGGUAGUUGUGGUGUUCCGGAGGAGAUUAAUCCUACUACUAGUCCAGUUCCGGUUCAUUCUCAGGUUGGAUCCGUUGAAAACGUAAGAGACGUAUCUAUGUCAAAGCCGUUGGUUUCUACCAGCUCUUCCGAGGAUCGACCGGAGUCUUCUGCAGCUUCUGGUGAUGCCGCUUCCGGUGGUCAACCGCCAUCUUCGGACACAGGGGGUAAAGUCAAAAAGAAAGGGCCAAAAAGAAUCCGGCAACAACGAUUUGCAUUCAUGACCAAGAGUGAAAUCGAUCAUCUUGAAGAUGGUUACAGAUGGAGAAAAUAUGGACAAAAAGCUGUUAAAAAUAGCCCUUUUCCUAGGAGCUACUACCGAUGCACAAAUAGCAAAUGCACUGUGAAGAAAAGAGUUGAACGUUCAUCAACAGAUCCCACAACUGUGAUCACAACAUAUGAAGGUCAACAUUGUCACCACACAGUAGGGUUUCCAAGAGGAUUAUUAAAUCACGAAAAUGCAUAUUCAAGAUUGUUGGCUUCUCAUCAUUCAACUACACACCAAGUUAUAUAUCCAAGAACACCAUUGCCAAAUCUUGGUGCCUCUAAAUUACAACCAAAAGUAGAAUCUAAUGAAGCUGAUUUUAAACAUCGUAAUUCUGAUGAAAAACCUCAAGAAUCAUUUCAAGAUUCUCGUUUAGAUCAUCAAGGGUUGCUUGGGGAUAUUGUGCCUACAAUUAUGCGCAACUGACUAUAUAUAUAAAAGUUACAGAUGGUAGAUUGGGAUUGCACUCCAAGUUAUCCACCAAAGACUCGUCAAUUUUAGGUAUUACAAAAGUUCGAACUUUUGAUGGAGAUGCAUUGACUAAAAAAGUUUUUAGUCUACUCAAUUGUUUAUUCAUUCUCUUCUUUCAACUAAGUGGCUAACCUUCUCUCAUAUUCAAGUUUUCACUUUUAAGUGCAUUAAACCCAAGGAUUUUAUAUAAUUGUUAUGUAUAUGUAAUAACAUUAGGUUAUUGUAAUAUAAUUAUCCACCGAAAAGUGUUGGUAUUUUAAGUUC